UAAUCAUGUGUUUUAAAAAGUAUUACAUAUGAUGCGACUGUACAAAUUAAAUGAUUUUUAUUCAAGUUUCAAUACAUGCAUUAUUUAGAUUUUUAUGCAUCAUUGUUAUAUAUAAAAUUUAUAUUAAAUGUUAUCUAAUUGGUUAAAACGUGUUAUAAUGUAUAAAAUCAUUUAAUAAUGUUAAAGAUAUAUGGAAAUCAUUUAGCUUUAAUAGGCGUUACAGGAGCAGGUUUAGCGUUAUUAGCUUACGUAUUAUUUGGUCCAUCUGACAAACCAAAAUCUUCGAAGAAACGUGCCUUCUGUGGACUGAAAAAUUUGGGAACAACGUGUUACUUGAAUACAUUAUUACAAUCUCUUGCCUCAUGUCCCACAUUUAUUCAGUGGCUUAAUCAACAGUCUAAAGUGUCUAUAGUAUCAUAUACACUAAAUAAAACUUUACAGUUUUUAACUGGUGUUAAGAAUAGUGAUGAUGGUGUAGUAUCUCCAAUAGAAUUAGUGAAUAUUCUUAAAAACAUAGGAUUUCAAUUUCAACCCCAUAUUCAAGCAGAUGCACAUGAAUUAUUUGUUCAUCUAUUUUCUGUGAUAGAAGAAGAAGCUUAUAAAACAAGUUGUAGUUUAGCUGAUUGUUUAGAAACUACUAAUGAUGUUAUUAACAAAGAAGAAACAUUAAAUGGUAUAGGUAUUAAAAUUAAUGAGACAUUUACAUCUACAAGUGGGGCAGGAGAUGUACAAUCCAAUACAUCAAAUGAAAAUAGUUUAAAUAAAAAAAAUUUUAAGUUUCGUGGAGAUAAAAAACUUAUAGAUAAAAAUCAAAAUAUCAAACCUCCUCCAUUUUUAGGAUAUUUAUCCAACAACAUAGAAUGCUCAUUAUGUAAUCAUAAGUCAUCAUUAAAUUAUGAAAAAUUCUAUGUUAUAUCUUUGAAUUUACCAGAAACACCACAAAUGAUACUUAGAAUUUCAGAUCUUCUUGAUCAAUAUAUUAAAAUAGAGAGACUAGAAAGUCUGCCUUGUGUAAACUGUGAUAAAAAUAAUGCUGUAACUCAAGGAAAAUCUUUCAUUAAAAGUGUCAAGUUUGGAAAAUUACCAUUAUGCUUCUGUAUUCAUUUGGUGAGAACACAGUAUACUCAAAAUAAACUAUUAAAACGUAAAGAUUUUGUAGAAUUUCCUGAAUAUUUAAAAAUGGAUAAGUAUACUAGUAUCUAUGAUCAAUUAAGUAAACUCAGACAGUCAAGAGAGACUCUGUCCCCAGAAUCAAUUGAAAGAUUUAGAGGAGAUAAAUAUAUUUAUAGACUUAAGGCUGUCAUAGUUCAUGCUGGUGAAGAUAAUGCUGGUCAUUUCAGUACAUAUAGAAGAGGCGUUUCAACUAAACAUUCUAGACACAGGUGCAGUGAUACAAGAUGGUUUUAUACAUCUGAUGAUCAUAUACAAGAGGUUACAUUACAAGAUGUUCAACGAUCAAUUGCAUACAUGUUAUUUUAUGAAAAAUGUGAUGUGUAAUUUACAACAAAUUUAAAAGAAAAUUGCAUUGCAUACAUAUGUAGUUAUGUAGUAAUCUAUUAGUUACUACCAAACAAAUGAUGGCAUAGUUUAUAAUAACUAAAAAAAAUUU